UUAAAAUGAUAUUUGUCGGACUUUACCUUGGACACCUUAUCAUAAUUGUCAAACUGUCAUGAAGUUUAAUUUUCUGAUUAUACACUUUUUUUUAAUUUACACAAUCUUAGCAAAAGACGAAAUGACAAUAUCGGAAAUGGGAGAUGAAAAAAAGAAAAAGAAUCUCGGACAACAAGCUGCCAACAUAGCUCAAAAAGCUGCUACAGAUGCGAAAGCCGCCCAAGACGCUAUGCAACAAGCCGGAGCACAAGCGGCACGUCAAGUCAAGACUCAACUCGCUGAAAAAGCUGCCGAAGCUGCGAAAUCUGCUCUAGCCGCAUUAGCAGGUAAGGAAGAAUUAGUUCAAAAACUGAAAGAACAACUGAAAGAAGCUGAAGUAGUGGUAAACGAGGAAGCAUCCAAUCUGCAACAGCUUCAACAAACAGUACAAGCGGCCUCAAAAGCUGCUCAGCAAGCUCAGACUGCCCUGAAACUGUUGCAAACCACUUUGCAGCUGACUCAAGCAAAAGACGAAAUGACAAUAUCGGAAAUGGGAGAUGAAAAAAAGAAAAAAAAUCUCGGACAACAAGCUGCCAACAUAGCUCAAAAAGCUGCUACAGAUGCGAAAGCCGCCCAAGACGCUAUGCAACAAGCCGGAGCACAAGCGGCACGUCAAGUCAAGACUCAACUCGCUGAAAAAGCUGCAGAAGCUGCGAAAUCUGCUCUAGCCGCAUUAGCAGGUAAGGAAGAAUUAGUUCAAAAACUGAAAGAACAACUGAAAGAAGCUGAAGUGGUGGUAAACGAGGAAGCAUCCAAUCUGCAACAGCUUCAACAAACAGUACAAGCGGCCUCAAAAGCUGCUCAGCAAGCUCAGACCGCCCUGAAACUGUUGCAAACCACUUUGCAGCUGACUCAAGGAAACGCAGGCAACUCUCAGCAUGCCCUGGAAGGUUCUCAGCAACAAUUGGAAGAUAAAGAAGAGCUAGUAGAAGCUGCAAAAGGCAGAGUGGACCAAUUAAACAAGGACCUUCGGUUAGCUAAAAUCGAACUGGCCAAAACCAGGGAUUCCGCCAAAAAGGCCGAACAAUCGGCUGUAGACGCCAAACAACUUGCUGCCAGAAAUACUAAUAGGAAAAAACGGAGUAUGUUGGAUAAUGUCGAUAUACGAUAAAGAAGAAUUUAAUGUACAAUUUAUUUUUUGUUAUUUUAAAAAUCUUUUAAAGAAUUUUUGCAACAGGGUUAAUCAAUUUACUUAAAAACGUCAAAGAAAACUUGAUCUUAGCUCAACAUGUAAACUGCUUAUUUGAUGAAUUAUUUUGAAAAAUUAGGGCGAUUGGAUAAUAAAGUAGACCCUGCAACGCGAUCUAAUUUAUAAUCUUCUAGUUUCAAGCCAAAAUUAAAUUUUUUGUUAAUUCUCAACUCAACUCAAAAUCUUUAUUUAAAUAAUUACUUAUGUGUGUACAAUUCAGGUAGGGAGGUUAAGCCCCCCUCAAACUUAAAUAUAUACAACAAUAACUUAUUCUAGGACAUACAACUUAAAACUAAAAACUCCAGUGCGGCGCAGCGCACUGUGCCCCAGACACGCCUGGCGUGCUGUGUGGGCGUGUUUUAGCACGGUCCGAUGUUUUGACCUAAAAGCCUCUGUCCUAUCCUUGAUUAACUCUUUUCGCAGCGUUACCUGGUCUCCCUCACGCGCUGUUUUAAUGACCCUGGGGUCGCUGAUAACUGCCAUGGUACGGCAAGCACUGGGCCAUUACAUGGCCUACCAAAUGGUGUGGUGUUGGUAAAUGCAGGGAUAUGGGUUGCUCAGCGCACAGCGCCCGUUGUGUGGGGAA